GCGGGCUCGAAACCCGGGGGACGUUGUAAUCAAGGCAACGAAACAGGCAAGCCUAGCGCCUUGUAAAUAUUUAUACGAAAAAUUUUAUAGUCAUCUGUUAUCUAAUAACUACGUUAGGAUACUUUGGCGCUGGGGAAAAUUUUCGCGACGAGAAUGGACAAAUUUAGCAAGCUGGUCAUUGGCACGACCAUAGAUAUACGGCGAAGCGACGGUCGGGUUCAUUCAUCAAUGUUGAGUGGAAUUAACUUGGAUUCAAAAAGUGCAACAGUUGAAUGGUUUGAAAAUGGUGAAACAAAAGGAAAGGAGAUUGAAAUUCGUGAAAUUUUCUCUCUUAACCCAUGGUUGGUUCAGGGGAAAGCGAAGACAUCAGUGGGCAAGCGUAUAUCAUCUCCAGCAACGCCUGCUGACGACACAGAAUCGCCCAAACCUUCAAAAAAAGUUACUAAAGCUGCACCGGAUAAGUCGAAUAACAAAGGUAAAGAUGAGAAUUCACCGGCACCUGAGAACAACCACAUACAAAGACCUGAAAGCCAGUCUGCACCAGCAGCUCCAAACACAUCCUCCUCCGUGUCUCGGAGGAAAUCAAAUUGUGUCAAAGAAGUUGAAAGAUUAAAGAAGAACCGAGAGGAAAGAAGGGCACAGCAACAAGAGCAGAGGAUACUUCGUGAAAAGAUUCAACAAGAAAUCGAUCCUGGCAAUCCGUAUUGGGAGUUAAUAAAAAUGAUUAGGGAGUACCAAAAUGGCUUGGACAUGCAACGGAUAACGAUGAAUGAUCCUGUCAGAGAUCAUCAGAUAUGUGUAUGUGUGCGUAAAAGACCCCUUAGCAAAAAAGAAUUAAACAGAAAGGAAGUUGAUGUAAUCACCAUUCCCGACAAAGAAAAUACAGUGGUCCACGAGCCAAAGACCAAAGUAGACUUAACAAAAUAUCUCGACAAUCACAAAUUUAGAUUUGACUACUCGUUUGAUGAGACGGCGACUAAUGAAUUAGUGUACAGGUACACUGCAAGACCGCUCAUUGAGACGAUAUUUAACCAGGGAAUGGCGACAUGCUUUGCUUAUGGGCAAACAGGCAGUGGGAAGACUUUUACUAUGGGUGGAAAUAUUGUCGGCAAGAAUCAAGAUUGUAGCAAGGGCAUUUAUGCAUUAGCAGCUCACGAUGUAUUUAAGUAUUUAAAGAAUCCUAAACACAAGAACAAGGAUCUUAUAAUAUCUUGUAGUUAUUUUGAAAUAUAUGGUGCUAAGGUGUUUGAUCUACUGAAUAAGAAACGCAAAUUGAGAGUCUUGGAGGAUGGUAAUCAGCAAGUUCAAGUUUGUGAGCUACAAGAAAGUGUCGUUAACGCAGUUGAAGAUGUCUUGAAACUGAUUGAAAUCGGUAAUCGUUUAAGGACGUCAGGUCAAACAUCUGCGAAUCAGAAUUCGUCUAGAUCACAUGCUGUUUUUCAAAUCAUAUUACGUCGCAGGGGUCAUAUGAAGGGCGGUGCUGGUGGUCAACUCUAUGGCAAAUUUUCUUUGAUUGACCUCGCUGGAAAUGAAAGAGGAGCUGAUACGUCGAACUCUGAUCGACAAACAAGAUUAGAAGGGGCCGAAAUAAAUAAAAGUUUACUUGCUUUAAAGGAGUGUAUACGUGCGCUUGGAAGGAACGGUGCCCAUCUUCCGUUUCGAGCAAGCAAACUCACACAGGUUCUCAAGGAUUCGUUUAUUGGGGAAAACUCAAAAACCUGUAUGAUUGCGACUGUUUCACCUGGAAUGAAUUGCUGUGAGCAUUCUCUGAACACAUUACGUUAUGCUGAUAGAGUGAAAGAACUAGGUCCAGACAACAACAAGAAGGGUGGUGAGGAUUAUAUAGCUUUUGACGAUAUCCCGGAAGUCGUAUCUCCUACACUCUCGAGUGGCGAUCCUGCUGUGAAUAAUGCUGAUCUUGCAUUGUUGUGUACACAUAGUGGCUCUGGAGAGGCCGAACAAAAUGAGUUGUAUACGUUUCAUAAUGCGGUUACGCAGCUCCAAGAUGCAGAAGAACAGUUGGUUGAAUGUCAUAAGAAAAGUGUAGAGGAAACUAAAGCACUGUUGGAGCAAGAAGAAAAUCUGUUGGAUAAAGUCGAUGACGUUGAUUCUGAUCUAGAACAAUAUGUACAACGUCUUGAUAUUAUCUUGAAACAGAAGAUUGAUAACUUUACAAAUCUUAGAGAGCGAGUACAGCAGUUUAAGAGUAGAUUGGAACAAGAAGAAAGAGCUAGUAAAAAUAUACAUAGAUUGCCAUUUGUGUAAAACAAGGCUAUAUAGUGUACAGUAUUGAACAUAGCCUGGAGUAUUUAUCUAUGAAACAUGAGAAAUAAUAUAUUGAAAAACUAUAAAUAGGGAAUGUAAAUAAGACUAUAAGAUGUUGUGAGAAAGUUGUUACAAAUUAUUUGCUGCUGAUCUUAAGUUAUUUACAUAGAGAAAAAACUUUCUCUUAAAAUAAAUCUUAA